AUGUCACACGAAGCGCGGCACCAAGGGUAUGGCGGCACAACGAGCCAUGGUACGCCGCUUGCUGCGACAGCAGACGUGCUUCGGUGCUACGAGGAGGCUGUGCAGGAGCCCAUGGUCGAGUGCGUCAACUUGGAUGGUCUGUAUACGAAUGCCCAAGACGUGGACUCCGAUCGCGUUGACGCGUUGGUCCUUCGCGAAGAUUUCUGCUCCACAGCGAUUAUCGCAAGCACAUGGCUUGCAUUGCGGCCCGAGAAUCGGUCGCAAGGUGUCGAUAUCGACCUGGAUGCGUUGAGAGAUACGCAAAACAAGCUCGGUGGACGUAAAGUCCAGCUUCUUCAAAGCCCGGCCUUUGCGCAGUCGUCUCACACGGUCGAGCUGCCUGCCGCCUCGCUGGAGCCAGCGGCACCGAUGUCCUCUGUGGAGAAGCCGGGUGACGAUACAUACAUCUCGACGUGGGCGGAGGGCCAAGCGACGGCGCGUCUUGACCGACGACUUGCCAAAAAGCGACAGCAGGCACGAGCGCCCACGACACCGUCUUCUUCUGAACCACGCAUGGUGCUGCUGCAUGGCGACGUUUUGGAUUUGCCCGUGCCAGCUCUUGCUGAGCAUGCGCCCCUGGAAGCGCCCGAUAUCGUGGCUUCCCUGAAUUAUGCCAUGGCGUACUUCCACGAUCGCGCUACGUUGCUGCGCUACUUGCGCGGGGUAGUGAAAAGCUUGCGUCCCAAGACGGGUGUGUUCAUUACAGAUAUGUUUGGCGGUCCUCCUACGGGAGAAGUGUACGAGGACCAAGAGGCGCUUUGGGCGCAGUUCUGGGACGAGCCGGGUUUCCGACGUGAGCAGGACGGCGCGCCGCAAGUCGUUCUACGUGCCAACAAAGAGGGCGACGAUCUUCAAGUCCUCCCGGUGCCUCUACCAGAGCAGCGAGGAACACGAGCCGAGUGGCCGCGUGGCCGCCUCAAGCUCGUGCGCACCGGCGACGCACAUGGCGGCUUUGAGUAUUGGCGUGAAGAUGGCCCGAUCGAUUAUGCGACCAAUCGUUUCCGUAUGAGUUUGAGUUUCCGAUUCAGUGACCACUCGUGGCUUCGCGAUGUGUUCUCGUACGAUUUCCGUAUUUGGUCGUUGAAAGAGCUCACAGAAGCCAUGGAAGAGGCAGGGUUUGCCUCCGUGCGCAUCUUGGUCCUCCCACGAAACGAUGUCGACAAUGUUUCGAGCUCUGACGAGUCGGAUGACUACGAUGACGACUUUGCUGCUAUGCUGCUACGCACCGAGAAAGAAGAGGCGCAACGACGCAAGUUCCAUACCGUCGAACCGGGCGAGAAAGUAUUCUCGUCUCGUUCCUUUGCCACGUACUUGGUAGCCCGCGCUCCAUAA